CAUGGCGGCCUGGACGUGCUGCCGGGUGGCCGCCGUGUCCUGCCUGGUGCUCUGCGUCUCCCUGCUCCUGCCGCGCACCCUCCUGCCCCGGGCCGGCGGCAGGCCGGAGCCCGGCGCCGCGCCGCCCGAGGGGAAGCUCAGUCGCUUUCCCCCGAGGAUGCAUUCCCACGGCACUCCCGACGGCCGAGCUGUCCCUCAUUUCCCAAGGUCUCACCUCACUGAAGCAGUUGCCAAGGCCAAGGCAGGUGGAGGUGGCAGUGGAAGCACUGGUGGAAGUGGAAGAGGCCUUGUGGGACAGAUUAUCCCUAUAUAUGGAUUUGGCAUCUUCUUAUAUAUUCUGUACAUUUUAUUUAAGCUGGCUUCCAAGGGAAGAACUACUCCUGCAGAGCGGAAAUGCCCCCCUGCUACACCUGGGAACAUGAAGAGGAAAAUCACUGACUACGAGCUCACUCAACUUCAGGAAAGACUGAGAGAGACAGAAGAAGCAAUGGAAAAAUUAAUCAACAGAGUAGGACCUACCUAUGACAGCAGGACUCAAAAUGUUACAACAGACCAGGAAAAAAUGUUACUUCAACAACUCAGAGAAAUUACUAGAGUUAUGAAAGAAGGAAAAUUCAUAGAUGACAUCUCUCCUGAGAAGGAAGCUGAGGAAGCUCCUUACAUGGCGGAUUGGGAAGGUUAUCCAGAAGAGACCUAUCCUGUGUACGAGAAUUCCGAUUGCUUCAAGCGCAAGCCGGACACAAUCCUCGUAGAUUACCCUGACCUGAGCCAGCCCUCCCCAGAAGAGCUGGCAGAAAGAAUGGAGGGCAUGGAAGAUGAGGAGUAUCCUUAUGAUGAAACCCUGCUAAGUGAUCUCACCACAGGAACGGGUGGUCAGGGUUUAAUGCAGAAAAAGGAUGAUAUAACUCUCACUGAGGAGGAGGAGAAGAGUGACCUUCCUCCCAGCCAGGGCACUGGGGAGUGCUGCUGCUGCUGUGAUGAUGAUCCUGCUGUCAUAGCAGAGAAUGCUGGAUUCCACUCUGAGAGCUGCAGUGAAGUAGAAGAAACAAGCCAAGAGGACCUGUCCGUGGAGUCAGAAAAUGAAAAUGCUGCGCUGGAAAAGCAAAAGCCCAGUGAUUCAGAGCAGACAGGCAUGCUGAGAAAGCGCAACACCAAAGUACUUGAUUGAUAGGGACAACCAUCUGGAUGGUAAAGCUGGAGGUCAUGAACUGUAAUUAAUCCAUGUGGGUUUUGUUCCCACUGAGGACUUCUCUGUGUUCAUCUCCUUGUACCUAUUGCAUUCUCAUGGUACCAGUCACAUCAUCUGCCUGAACUGGAAGCCAAUGCCCUCUUUCAUGCACUCGUCAUGGGUUACCAUGAUGCUGCCAACAGUCCAACAAUGCUUUGCCCUUGAUUUUUGAAGCCUUGUAUUUUGGAGCAGAUAUUUGUGACUCCCUCCUUUUCAAUUCUGAAGGAGUUGUCUUGGGUUUUGCCCUUUGUCAUCUCAGAGUUAACCAAAUGUCUCUUCUGACUUUUUCAAAACCAUCUGUGUGAUACCAGUUAGGAGAGUUAAUCAAAUCCUUAUAUAUACAUGAGUUUACUGGGAUGCUGAAGGACAAAAUAUAUCUUCUUUCUCUUAGCUCAGUGUUAACUGUUCAGAAGAGCAGAUCAUAGUCACACACAUGACUCUCUCAACUCUGGCCUUGCUUUCUACUCUUGACAAACUGCUGUCCACCAAGCUCCUCUGCUACUCUAUAGCACCUCUCCCAUUUAUUCCAUGUUGUUGGAACGGUAGCCUAAUCCAUGUUGUGUUAUUUGUGUUAGCAAGACUAAAGCUCUGUGAGUUGUGCUUUAACUUUGCCUUAGCCGUGAUGAAAUUCCCAGAUGAUUGCAGGAAGUGGACCACAAUGUGUGAGAGCACUAAAAACAUCCCUAAAGAUUAAAACCAAAAAAGCAGUGUUAAGGUUGGUCUGUAAAGGAGAGAACAGCAUGAGGGGGACCCUGACUAAAGGUAGCAGGUAGGCUUUUCCUUCUUCCUAGAAACCUGUGGGGUUUUCAUGCUCUUGGAAUGCUGUUGCCAGGGUCAUGUUGAGGCUGCUCCAAGUAUGGGGUGAGGAGGGUGCUGGAGACAAGGGCUCCUGAGGAGAGGUGGCAGGAGGCCCCUGUGCCCAAGGGACAGCUUUUCUUGCACAAGCAGCAUGGCAGGUGGGAUGGGCACCAGGAAAGGUUCCCUCAGCUCUCAUGACCUGCUUCUCCCAUACCUGGGCACUUUUCAGGCCCACCAUAACCCAACCCACACCACAGUCAUGGCCCAGUCACAGAGGCUGUUUGUGAUGUCACCUGUCCCCUGAGUGCUCUGGCACUACAGAAGCAGGGCCCUCUGCAGCAGACCCCCAUCCACCCAGCUCUGAGUGGCCCUUGAUGAAUGUCUGGAAGAAUGAAAAGCCAGAAGAGCGAGGCAGGUGGCAGACCAGCUUUGUAAGGGACUUACAAUGAUGGCUGAAGAGGAAGGCAUGUGCCAGGAGGAGGCCGUGGAAGAGGAGGAAGAGGAGGAACAAAAUCCCCUGUCUGCCAUGAGUGCCAGCGCCCUCAGUUCCCUGGUGAUGGCCAUGCAGAGCUUGGCUCUGUGCCCAGGAGG